AAAAUGGGUUCUGGAUGAUCAAAUCCUUUCCAUUCCCCCCAACUCGCUUAUAUUUCUUCCCUCUCCUCCCUGCACCACCGCUACAGUGUGACACGAUCCGAAGUUCCCGGACUGUAUGCACUGCAUCCAUCGAAAACCAGCCAACCCGACCAAUCCCGUGACCCUUGAUCCUGUCUCUAUCACUUGCUUUGACCGCCUCCCCUACCAGCGUUACCGAUCCUGUCCUUCCUCCCUUCCUCCCGCUGCUGUCUGUUCUCCCCUCACAAUGGUCUGUGCGCUGCCCGAGAUAGUAUUUUCUACUGGUGAUAUCGUGACGUCGUGUGGGGCCUACCCAAAUACAGAGCAAGCUGACGCCUCAUAUCACAUCCCGCCAUUACUCACCUAGAAGGAGCAAUGUCACAACCACAACAGUAAAUAUCAACAUUAUUACUCUUGUUAUUCCCCCAGACGGUCUUCCCCUCUUUUCUCCGCCUCCCAUAGCUACCGGUCUCCGUCGUCUUCCCCAUCGGAUGAACUCCCGGUUUUCGUCUGAACAUUCCCGUCGACAUGUCUUCCACGCCUCUUGACCUCUCCCACCUCCCGCCAACAUUUCUCCUCCCGACCCGGUUAGCCCAGCCGAAAGCCAAUGAGAUCUCGAGCCAGCUCCGAUCCUGCAAAUGUCCAUUGACCAGCAAUCCCGCUGAUGCUAGCCUGUUUGUCGGGGACAUCAAUAUGCCCAAGCGCUGUGAAUUCGAGCUUCGUGGACGGGGACUCAGUGUUUGUUCAAAAAUGGCUCCCGACGCUAAAAAGGUUAGGGUUGUGAAACUCAAGUGGUUCACGGAAUCGCAUAAGAAUUCGAAACUUCUUCCUAUCGAUGAGUAUAUUGUAUUUGCCGGCUAUGUGCAACCGUCGAAGCGGCCGUCACCGAUGUCCUCCGAACAGAGCGAGGAACAGGAGGGUGCUUUGGAGAAGGAUGUGGCGGAGCGGCAGCUUAAGAAGGAGGUAUUGAGGAGAGCUAGGCUUGAUCGGGUUCGGGAUAGGGAGGAGAAAGAGCAUGAUACACGUGAUGAUAUUCGGAAGCUCCAGGAUAUGAAGCUCUUGUAUGCAGCUGGGAGACGGCGGAGGGGGAUUGAUGGGUUGGUGGCGAUGUCAGAACCGGGUUCUGAGAAUGGGACAAGGAAAAGCACACCAGAGUACGAAGAGAGGCAGGGAGAGGUUGUCUCGAGGGUUAGACCAAGAUUACUAAAGGAGAUGCCCGAUUGGGUACAACAACACGUUUGUAGACCAUUCUGCACCUAUCCGCCGCCCGCCAUCGUGUAUGAUACUAAUCUACUCUAGAACAAAUACUCCUGCUGUCGCCCUACCCCCCUCAUCUCCCCCAACGCCGAAUUCAUCUCUCUCCUAGACACCAUAAAGCUCUCACGGACCCUAACCUCUGAUGGCGUCGGCAUCCGCGCCUACUCGACAAAAAUCGCUACUCUCCAAGCCUACCCUUACCCAUUAGUCUCCCCUUCAGAAGUCUCUCUCCUCCCCGGCUGUGAUGGGAAAUCCUCCGCUCUUUUCCAAGAGUACAUGACCUCCCCGGACCACAGUUUAGCCGUCGUCCGGGAACUGGAAAAGUCCCCCUCCUUCAGCGCCCUCAAACUCUUCUCCUCAAUCUGGGGCGUCGGUCCGGCUGGCGCCCGAGAGUUCUUCUACGACAGGGGGUGGAAGACACUGGAGGACGUGGUAGACCACGGGUGGGGCCAACUUACCCGUGCGCAGCAAAUUGGCGUCAAGUAUUUCGACGAAUUUCAAAGUCCGAUAUCAAGGAAUGAGGCGAGGGAGAUUGCCGCCGUCGUUGGAAAGGCCGCUGGCAAGCUCCGCGCAGGAAUGGAUUACACUAUCGUCGGCGGAUACCGUCGCGGCAAGAUGGAGAUCCACGACGUGGACAUUAUUUUAUCGCACACAACACACACUAUGACCACCGGUGGUGUUGUGAAAGAGCUCGUUUUGGAACUCGAAGCAAGCGGGCAUAUAACGCACACUCUACACCUCGGCCGAGAACUCAACAACACAACAACCAUAAACACCCACAGUUACGGCUUCGACUCCUUGGAGAAAGCCCUCGUGGUAUUCCUCGCGCCAACCUCCGGCCUGCAUCGCCGAGUGGAUAUAAUUCUCGUCCCGCCGGUAAGCGUUGGCUCCGCACUCCUGGGCUGGACUGGUGGGACGACAUUCGAGCGGGAUUUGAGGCUUUGGUGCGACAAAGAGCAUGGGUGGAAGUUCACCAGUGAAGGAGUGUUUGAGAGGAUUACUGGCAGGAGGGUCGCAGGGAUUGAUGGCACGUGGAGGGUUGGUGAGAAGAUGGUUGAGGCGGAGAGGAGAGUUAUGGAGGGGGUCGGGUUGAGGUGGCUGGAGCCUUGUGAGAGGUGCACUGGGUGAUAUGUUAUAAUAUACACACUGUAUAACCUGCGGAGCUCAUUGUUAGAUUUUUCGUUUUUUUUUUUGAAAUACUGGUUGAUUUAUGGAGUGUGGUGGGGAAGCAAGUGGUGCUGGGAUAUUUUAUGGGGGGUUUGCCUCAUUUGCUCUAAAGGCUAUACUAGCUACCAUUCUACAUAGCAUUUACUUCCUUUCAUUCCUCUUUUCCAACCUUAGAAUAGCCAUGAUAACUAUACAAUACAAUAACUUAUCAAACCCCA